AUGGAACACCAAAAGGAUGAAGCUGUCAAGGCCAAAACUGGGGCCGAGCAACUCAUCAGUCAAGAAAACUACGUGGAAGCAAAGAAGUUGGCCUUGCAAGCAAAGGCUCUACAUCCGGAGUUGGAGGGCAUUGGGCAGCUUUUGAGCACAAUAGAUGUCUACCUGUGCGCACAGAAGAAGGCCGGCGAGAAAGAGGUGGACUGGUACAGCGUUCUCGGCGUGAACCCGUCUGACGCCGAGGACGUAAUCAAGAAGCAGUACAGGAGGCUGGCUCUUGUGCUGCACCCCGAUAAAAAUGAUUCUGCUGGUGCCAAAGGCGCUUUUCAAUUAAUUCAAGCGGCUUGGGAUUUGAUCUCCGACAAGGAGAAGAGGUUGGAGUAUGACAUCAACCGGGGCAUCGUCCGUCCUGGUCAUCCACCACAGCAUAGUGCCGGAGCUACAACCUUUUAUGAUUUCAUGCGGGCAUCAGCAUCAACAGCUGAUAGAGAUAGAGAUAGAGAUAGUGCCCGUGCCCGUGCGCCACCACCGUCGUCUACAGCAAGUCAUGUACCUCCAGCUCCACCACGUCCUCCCUUUUGGAGAAAUGUACCUCCGUCGGCUUCCACUACAGCAGCUCCGCCUCCCUUUUGGAGUAACGUGCCUCCAUCCGCGGCUUCACCUUCCACUGCAGCUUCAUCUUCAUCUUCGGCUGCUGCUUCAGCCCCAACACCAAGUAGCAGUCGCGGUCGCAGUCGGGGUCGGGGUCGGGCUCCUACUUCUGCUCCUGCUCCUGCUCCCAGUCCUCCUGCUGCCACUGCCAGUGCUGCUGAUGCCGCUCAACCUGUGGAAGCAGAGAUCGUCAUAUUCUGGUCGCGUUGCCCACGCUGCAACAUCUGUCAUGUGCAGCCGAUAAAACAUCUGAACCAGAUGGCCACGUGUACUACAUGUGACGCUUCGUAUCUGCUAGAAUAUAUUGAUACUCCAGGCCCACUCCCAACUGGAUUUGCUGUUGCACCUUUGAGCCGAUCUACUUGGUCCGGCGAAAGGAGAUGCGACGAACAAGCAACAAGGAGGCAACGAUCUCGGACAAGGUCGCGCUCUGGCUCUGGUGCUGCUUCUACUUCUGCUUCUGAGGCUCCUCCUUCCCAAUCCCAAACAAAUGGUGCUGCCCCUUCCGGGUCAAAUCCAGGGGCUGAGCAGCAGCAAUUUCCAGGGUUCGGGAUUGGCAGCCGACCCUCUUAUCACCAUCAGCAGCAGCAUACACAUGCUGCAGGAGCAGGAAAAGGUCCAGCCGUGCAGCCCGGCCCCAUCCCCAGCCCCAGCCCCUUCAUGUUUGGAAGCAGCUAUCCACAGCCUCCGCUCGCCGCCAACUUUGGGGGAAUGUUCCAUCCAACGUCGGCCUCCUCCCCCUCCCCCUUCGUGCACGCUGCCCAAUGUCCUCCUGCAGCAGGAUCCAGCAGCAAGAGACCUGCCACUGCCAGCAGCGGCCCUGAGAUGGAAGGGGCUAAGAAAAGCAGAGACACAGAAGAGCCUGCUCGAUUUGAUUUCGACCUAAAUGCCCCUCCUCCCAAUGAAAUGGGACCGAGCAGCCAUGAAGCUGCUUCUGCGCCGCCAGGGCCAUCGGAAAACUCCCAAUAG